AUGCGUUUCCGGAAGAUGAGCGUUGCUGGCACAGCGUGGUUGCACGAUUUGGAUCUUCAGGAAGAGGCCGCUCGCGAAGGCGAUCACACCAAGCUCAUCCACAAGAAGCGUAAAUUUAAGGGAAAGAAAGCUGUGGGGCGCAAGUCUACUGCGUCUGAGGCACGCAUGCCAUCCGGUCCUCGACCUUCCAAUAUCUCUGCCAAUUAUGAAGCUAUGCGCCGCCUUCGUCACUCGCCGUACAAGACGACCGACAUGCUCGAGUACAUCCAGCGCAAGCCUUACACUGUUUUCGCGCGAAAAGCCAAAUUGUUAAUCAUGUCUAUUGCACUCUGCCACACUUGUAUCCCAGAGAAGGAUGAGAAUGGCAAUGUCUCCUUCCAAGCAGCCUCGCCCGACGAGCUGGCUCUUGUUCUGGCAGCCCAAGAACUCGGCUACCUGGUCAUUGACCGCCAGGUGAACACAUUGACGAUCCGCACCUACCCCAACGGCCCCGAAGAAUCUGCCCAGACGAAGUCUUCCAAGUCAUGGAUCGCCCGGAAGCGUAUGUCAGUCGUGGUUCGCAUGCCUGAUCAGCGCAUCUGUCUCUUCUGCAAGGGCGCCGAUACCACUCUCAUGCGUCUGUUUAAGAAGGCCGAUCUGGCACAGGAGAAAGCAACCGAGAUUGAGCGCCGUGUUAGCAAGCGUAAGGCUGCUGAAGCGAACCAGAUAAUUCGUCGCAAUAGCGAACACCAUAGCCGAAAGGACAGCGGUGCUCGUAACAGUCUGAGUCGGCCUAGCUUCAACCAUCGCCGCUCUUCUGUCUCUGGGCACCAUGCGUCAGCUCUGCGCGAAAGCAUCGAUGUCUGGCUUCGCGAUCGUGAGACAGAUGGUGGUAUGCUUGACCGGAGAGCUGAUAGCGAGUACUACAGUCCGCGCCCGUCUGCACAGAUUGGACGCAACUCGACCGCUAUCUCCGACUCUGGCAGUGAGACGAAUGGCGAGGAAGACGAGGACUUGGUCGAAGAAGCUCUUGUUGUCAAUGAGGCGGCCAUCUUCGAGCGAUGCUUCCAGCACCUGAAUGACUUUGCUACUGAAGGAUUGCGUACUUUGCUUUAUGGUCAUCGCUUCCUGGACGAGACUACCUAUCAGUCCUGGAGGGCUGCGUAUCACGAGGCGUCCACCAGUAUCGUCGACCGACAGGAAAAGAUUGAGCGCGUUGGUGAGGAGAUCGAGCAGCAGCUCGAGCUGACGGGUGCCACUGCGAUUGAGGAUAAGUUGCAGAAGGGUGUUCCUGAAGCCAUUGAUAAGCUGCGCCGUGCCAAUAUCAAAUUGUGGAUGUUGACUGGUGACAAGCGCGAGACUGCCAUCAAUGUUGGGCAUUCUUGCCGUCUUGUGAAGGAUUACUCAACUUUGACCAUUCUGGAUCAUGAGAAUGGAGACGUCGAGCAGACUAUUGUCCAGUUGACUUCUGAUAUCAGUCACAACCGUGUGGCUCAUUCUGUUGUGGUUGUUGACGGCCAGACUCUUUCGAAGAUCGAAGCAGAUGAGAUUGUCAUGAAGCGCUUCUUCCAACUCGCCAUUCGUGUUGACUCCGUCAUCUGCUGCCGAGCUAGUCCCAAGCAGAAGGCGUUCCUGGUGAAGUCUAUUCGCACGCAUGUGCAAGAUGCAAUUACUCUUGCCAUUGGUGAUGGUGCCAAUGACAUUGCGAUGAUCCAAGAAGCGCAUGUUGGUAUCGGUAUCGCUGGUAAGGAAGGUCUUCAGGCUGCGCGUAUCUCGGACUACUCGAUUGCACAGUUCCGCUUCUUGUUGAAGCUGCUUCUCGUUCACGGACGGUGGAACUACAUGCGGGCGUGCAAGUACACCCUCGGCACAUUCUGGAAGGAAAUGCUGUUCUAUCUCACUCAAGCGCUGUACCAGCGCUGGAACGGUUACACCGGAACUAGUCUUUACGAGUCUUGGAGUCUGAGUAUGUUCAAUACUCUCUUCACCUCGCUGGCUGUCAUCUUCCUUGGUAUCUUCGCCAAAGACCUUGCUGCAUCGACAUUGCUCGCUGUCCCUGAGCUGUACGCCCGAGGUCAGCGACACGGUGGCUUCAAUAUCCGCUUGUGGCUGGGCUGGACCUUUAUGGCAGCAUGCGAAGCCAUGAUCAUCUUCUUUACGAUGUACGGUCUGUACGGUAUGUGUCACAUCAAUCCAAGUGACAUCGAUACCUUCUCCCUAGGCCUCCUCACAUUCUCGGCCUGUGUAGUGGUGAUCAACAUUAAGCUACAAGCCCUGGAGGUGCACAACAAGACCUAUCUCUCCAUCAUCGUGAUCGUCAUCUCCGUUGGCGGCUGGUUCCUCUGGAACAUCAUCCUUUCUGAGCGCUACACGCUAAGCUCCGGUAAAGGCGUCUACGACGUCCCCGAGAACUUCCUCCACCACGCCGGCGACAACCUUCUGUUCUGGGUGGUCCUUCUCAUUUCCGUCGCCUCCGUCCUCCUCUUCGAACUCACCAUGAGCACUCUCCGCGCCCUCUUCUUCCCAACAGACGUGGACAUCUUCCAAGAGUACGAGCAAGACCUUGAAAUCCGCAAACGUUUCGAAGAAGCCGCCGCUCCAGAACUUCAACAAGGCUGGGACCACGGGAACAAAAAGUCCAGCUUCGAAAUCGCGCGCGAAAACGCCGAAUUGGACGCUCGGGAACGCCAGGUCCAGGAACUCCUUUCUCGACCCCGCGUCAUGACCAAGUCUAAACCCGUUACCCACGAGAUCGAAUUGGAAGGCUACUCCAGCGUCAGCGUCAACGCUAGUCACGCAGACAUUGCGCCGGAACCAGCCACCGUCACUUACGCGGAACCAAUGUCUCCGGGAGAAUCGUGUGCGCCGAGGCGCUCAGUUGAGAUCCAUGAAUUAUUCAGUAAGGGCUUCGGGGCUAUUCGCAAGGGCCAACUGAAAUGA